UCUGAUACCUGAUAUAGGUUAUAAAAAGUUGAUUCGUUGUUGAUGUUGAUACAUUUUGUAUAUUUUUGAGUUUUUAAACUAUUUUCAAAAUGGUAAAAGAAAAUAGUAAUGCUGUAAAAAAGAAGCGAAAAGCAAAUACUACUGAAGCGGAUGCCGAAACCGACAUUUACAAGAAAGCGUGCGAUUUUGAAGAAAAUGAAUCUCAAAACCGUAACAGUUCUGAAGAUGCUGAGUUGUUCUUUCAGAUUUGUCAAGAAAUUCAUGAUUUCUUAGAUCAAGUACGGGAAUUAAAACAGUCAUCUGGAGAUACAUCUCAAAAGUUAUCAUGUUUAACAGAUAUUGUAGUUAAGAUUUGUGUUAUUAAGAAACUUAAUAGACUUGACAAACUUGCCCAUGUAUUAGGUAGAGAAGCCCUUAAUACGGAGAAACAAAAAUGUGACAGUAUUAAGUUAACAUAUCAGAAUUUAGUUUAUGAAUUACAUCAUUUAGUUACAGAGACAAAUAAAUGUCUGUCUUUCAAGUCUGAAGAUGAAGACAUAGAGUUAGUAUCCUUUGAAGACUUUAUGAAAAAUGCUCCUGAAGCAGUGUCUAAAAAAUUCAUAGAUUUUGACCCUAACGAUAGUGAGCAGGAUCAUGCUUUGCGAUUAGCUAGACUUGAAUGGGAAUUGACACAGCGUAAAAAUCUUGCAGAAGAAUGUAAAGCUUUGGAGGAAAAAAAGAAAAAAGUAGUUGAAGAAAUCACUGAAAGAAAGGAAAGACUAAAUGAUCUUUUACCAUUAUUGACUACAGUUAUUAAAGCUACUAAACCUUUACAAGAACAUUUGGGAAUGUCUAGUGAACUAACUAGGAAGGAGCAUAAGUUAGCACCUCUCUUGUCAGAUCCAUUGUAUGUACUUUAUGCUAAUAUAGUAGCAUAUAAAAGUGUUUUUGAAACAAACAUAAAUGUAAGUAUUUUGGGUGACAAAGAUGAUGCCACACAGUUUAACGAAGCUCAAGAAGUGUCUCAUUCAAAUAACUUAAAUGAGGAAGAUUCUGAGCCAGAAUCUGACUUGCCAGAAGUUGAAGAGGUGGUUGAAGUGAAAAAGAGAAGACAUAGAAAAUCAGUUCAGCAGGUUGAUCCAGUUGAAGAGAAGAAAAAGAAGUUGCUUGAGGUUCAUCCUUUAACUGUUCAACUUUCACUAUCUAUAACAGAUGGCCCAUCUUUAGUUAUUAUUUUCAGUUAUUAUACUAAACUAAAAACUAUAACGGUCAAAUCACAAGUUGAUAUGCCUUCAAAUUUUACUUCAGACACAGCUAGAGAAAUUUUAUCUGGUCAUAACAUUUUAAGUGAACUUUUGGAUAAUGAUACAGGAAUGGAAAGUCCUAAUCCAAGUACAGCAUAUCAAUUAAAAAAACUUGGAUUGGGGUCAUUUCAAACACUUGUUCCUGAUAUUGGUUAUGCUUAUGGAUGGGCCCAAUCUAUUUGCGGUAUAGAUUUUUUAACACCAAAGAGAUACUGUGAUAAAUUGAGCCAACAAAGUGUUGAAACAAUAUUAAAAAUCACAAAGAAAAGAUUGAACACUAGAACACACCUUGCAAAACAAAUGCAACAGCUGGAAAAAAACAUUUUAUCUGAAAUCCCAGAAGAACUACAGAUACCAACCACUGCUAUAUCAUCCUUAAAUAAAUGGUCUUCAACCACUUAUCAAGAUUUUUGUCUUGCAGAAUACACACAACAUUUGCUAGAUGAAAAUCUGGUGUCUCAGUCUGACCUAUUCUAUUCUGCAAAAAUAUCCAGGGAUGAAGCAACUUUGAACCUUUAUAUUGUAAUAAGAAAUACUUAUCCCAUUCCUGCCCCAAUAGUUGCCUUAUGUCUGGAUUAUAAAGGCAAAUAUACGUCAACGAAUUGUGACGAGAUUCGGGAUCUAGAAAGAACUAUAAAUAUAGACUGGAAUUAUGGAAUUCGCAGUUCAUCAUGGUUACUCUCAGCCCAAAUAACACACCUUUGUUCAUAUCUGGACGUGUAUCUGGAAACUCUUGAUUCAAACGUUUUUCAACCCAAUGCUAAAUUUAUCAGAAGCGUUAGUGGACGAAAUAAAAAGAGGCCAUUUAAAUUUAGGAAAAUUGGAACAGGACUCUUCACUCAAUAUUAAUGUUUAUUUUUCAUUAUUUUAUAUUUACAUACAAAGUAAACAAUAAAGUUUGUUGGAUAAA